UCGGCGGUGGACGAUGUUUGCACGCCCCGGGGGCUCCUCCAUCGUGCACGCCAGGUGAUCGUGACACUUGCGCUGGACGUCGCUCGUGACCUCCGGUCACUCAGUAUGGCCGCCGGUCAGCUGACUGUUGCGCUGUUUGCGCUGCUUGCCUGCACGGUUGUUGCCGAGCACCAUGCUCGGGAUGCGUGCACACCUGGCAAAAUGGUCGUUUACAAGGUUGUUGUUAAUACGUUCUGGUCGAAGCAGAAGUUUCCGAAGCAAUACCCCUUAUGGCGGCCUCCGGCUCAGUUCUCCAAGUUUGUAGGGAUGACCCACAACUCGAGUGUGCUGCUGUACCGGGCCGGUCAGCAGGCGUCCGGCGCGCUCCAGCUGUUCGCCGAGAAGGGCGACUCGGCCGGCCUGGAGACGAAUGCCCAGGGUGACCUGGGCGUGCUGGACCAGUUCACGGCGCCGGCCGUCACGCAGGGAGAGGGCACCACCCACUCGCAGCUCUUCGUCGACGGCGUCCACUCCAAGGUGUCGAUGAUCUCUAAGAUCGUGCCGUCUCCCGACUGGUUCAUCGGCAUCGACAGCCUGGAGCUCUGCGAAGACGGACACUGGAUCGACACACUGGAUGUCAAGCUGUUCCCGAUGGAUGCCGGCACCGACCAGGGCCUGGCGUUCACCUCGCCCAACUGGGAGUCGGUGCCGCACGAGCCCAUCUACCAGAUCACCAGCCGGCGGCCGGACCACCCGGCCAGCAGCUUCCAGUACCCCGACCUCGACGCGCUGCCGCCGCUGGCCAGCCUGCACAUCUUCAGGGUGCGGUCCUACAAGCUGGCGCACGAAUUCCACCAGUCCAACACGGUGGUGUACACGGUGGACACGGCGCCGCCGGAGAAGGUGCAAAUCGUCACCACCACGCAGCGCUCGGUCCAGCUGCCGGGCAUUCAGCUGUCGACCCAGUCGGCCAGGCCGCCGCCGGCCGGCGCCGCCGCCCGGCACGCCGACGGCAGUCUGUCCCAGGUGGCGCUGCGGUCGGACGGCGAGCCGACCAAGAUCGACGGCCUGCGUCUCAAGGUGGUCAGGGCCGACGAGCUGAGCGGCGUCAAGGUGCGCAACGGAGACCGGCAGGCCAUCAUCGAGAAGAUCACCAGCCACUACCACCACAAGCGACGCAAGUCGCGCCGCCGCCGCCGCAAACACCUCAAACGCAAACGUGGGCCGCGCAACUGUUCAGUGGGCCCCUGGUCGGACUGGGGUCGCUGCUCGCGCGCCUGCGGUAUCGGCGAGAUGACGCGGACGCGGCAGGUGACGCGCCACGCGCGCCGCGGCGGCAAGCCGUGCCCGCCGCUGGAGCAGCGGCGCUGGUGCGGCUCGGCCCGCAGCUGCGACAAGCGUUACUUCAACUGGUAGCCGGCACCGCCGCGCACAGAACGACGCCGCCCGGCCGGCCGACGGACGGCGGCGACGCUGGCGUCAUCUGCGCGGGCGACGCGGGCGACAUCUGCAGGGCGCCCGCCAGCCGAGGACUGCUCAGGUAGCCGCGCGGAGGCUGUGGGCGCGGACAGUUGUUUGUGGACGAUCGAGAGGGGGUGGGUCUCGGAGUGCCGCCUGCCCUCUGUGGACCGUUCUAGCCCGCGCUGUGCGCUGGUUGGAGAGCGCCCGCGGUCGGAACUGACCUCCGCUGGCCGUGCUGAGCUUCGCUGGCCGCGCGGUCUCGCCGCGACAGAACGGCCUUGCCCCGCCCGUGCUGGACACGGCGUCGGGAGUGGCGGUUUCCUGGUCACGCACCCGUGAUCGCACAUGUAAUCGGUAGCGCCCAUCCGCAGCCACUAACGUAGAACCGCAGUGGCGUUGCAACCACUAACGUCGCUUGAGGUGACCCAGGCCGCGUGCCAUUCGCAGUAGUGACUUACCGUAGACUACAGUGUGGUGCAGUGUCUUCUGUGUCGAUGGUGUUCCUCCCAUCCCUCAGCCACCGUGUGGAAUCCCCACCACCACUGGAGUAAGUGCUGGUAACUGGGGCUCGAGAGGUCGACGUAUGGGGGCUCAUUGGCGACGAGAAAGCCGCUGAACGGCCGGAAAGCUGGUUGAACCGCUUGGUAUAUGAUUUAUAUAUAUAUAAUUUAUUUAAAUGGGCCUAAAUGUGCCAAAUGCACGCAACCUGAAGCUUGCAGCCACUGGAGAUCACUGAUGAGGGUGAAGAUGUGCCAGAUGCUUUUAUAGUUGAUGUCAACAUUUACUGCCAACAUGAGACGUGUUUGUGAGAUGUGAAAAUAAAAGUGCCCAAAUAUUG